GACAGCGGGAGCCGCCGCCGCCAUGAACGGCAAAGGGCCGUUUCCAGGCCAGCCCUCUUUCCCCGGCCCGGUCCCCCCCGGGUACCCCCAGACUCUUCCCCUGCUGCAGCCGCCCCCCUACCUUGACCCUGCAGCUGCGUACCCCGAGCUCUACCGUCUCAGCUUCGUCCCCCUGGGCGCUGCUGGCGUCCCCCCCAUGUCCCCAGCGUACCCAGGUGCGUCCCUGUACCUGCCCCUGGCCCCGCCGCUGCCCGUGGGGGCUCUGGGCACCCCCGUGGCCUAUUUCCCACUGGGACAGGUGUAUCCACCGGGAUCCACGGUGCUGCUGGAAGGGGGGUUUGACACCGGAGCCAGGCUGGGGACAGGUGGCACCGGCAGCAUCCCGCCACUGCCUGCCGGAUGCCCCCCGGGUGCCCCCCCGGUGCCCGUCCCGCCCGGAGCCGCCGUCCUGCUGCCCCCGCGCAAGGGGGGCUUCCUGGGGGGGGCUGGGGGCGGCUUCAGCCUCUGGUGAGGGGGGGCUGGGUUUGGGGGGCCC